CGGGAGGUGGGCCCAGGAGGGGCGGGACAAGGUGACCAGGAGGGUUUAAUUACAGGCCAAAAAGCAGAAGCACCAGGGUCUCCUAAGUUCUGGAGAAUGCAGCUCCCCCCACUUCCUCUCCACCUGCCCAUCGCUGCCUGAGCCUGCCCACCCGGAUCCACAGCUAUUCAGGAAGCAUGAAAACAGCUGAGCACCUCGCCAGGACCGGGUGGAGGGUCUGGCACUUGGGGCUCCGCAAGGCCCUUGUCCCACUGCAGGCUGCCUGGGUCACCUUCUCUCAGCCUGUCCCAACCAGCUGUGGCCAGCUGCUAACCCAGCUCCUCCUGUGCGGUUCCCCGGCCCUUGCUGCUGCGGGUCUGACGCACCGCUGGCUCGUGUCCUCGCUGCUUUACCCUCCGGGACCCUCGGCCACAGUGGCCACUGUCUGCGGCCUCCUGGUCUUCCUGGUCCUGGGCUUGGUGCCCCCCGCGCGCUGCCUGUUUGCACUCAGCGUCCCCACCCUGAGCACGGAGCAGGGCCGCCGCCUGCUCCUGUCCUGGAGCACCGCCACCCUGGCCGUCGCCGUGGUGCCCAACGUCUUGGCCAACGUGGGCGCGGCCGGGCAGGUGCUGAGAUGUGUCACAGAGGGCUCCCUGGAAAGCCUGCUCAACACCACUCACCGGCUGCACACAGCCUCCGGGGCUCUGGGCCCCGCUGGCCAAGCAGGCGGCCGGGGCUUGACCCUCCAGGCCCAGGGCAAUGGCUCUGUAUUCCUGCUUCACAUGCUCAGGGUCACUCAGCAGGUGCUGGAGGACUUCUCUGGCCUGGAGUCCCUGGUCCGGGCGGCCGUGCUGGGGACCCAGCAGGUGGUCGCGGGGCUCUUUGUGCUGGGCCUCCUCGUGGACUCCGGCUGGUACCUCCACCGCUACCUGACGGACCUGCGGUUUGACAAUAUCUACGCCACACGACAACUGGCUUUGCAGCUGGCCGAGGCCCAGGCCACACACCUGGUGGCCUCCCCACCAGCCUGGCUGCUCUGGGCCGCCCGGCCGAGGCUGUCCCAGGGGGAGCUGCUGAGCUGUCUCCUGAGGCUGGGACUGCUCACCCUGCCCCUGAUGGCCACAGCUGUGAUGGUGGCUACAGACCACGUGGCCUUUCUCCUGGCUCAGGCAGCCGUGGACUGGGCGCAGAAACUGCCUGCCGUGCCCACCACGCUCACGGUCAAGUAUGAUGCCACGUACACGGUCCUGGGUUUCGUCCCCUUUCUCUUCAACCAGCCGCCUCCGGAGAGCCCCUUCCUCUCUGCUCACAGGUCCUUCCAGUGGGAGCUCCGCCUCACCUCCCAGGGCUGCCGGCUGCUGCCCGCGCAGCGCCCCCAGGCGGCCGCCCCCCUGGCUGCCGGCGCCCUGCAGCUGGCGGCCUGCGCCACCGUCCUGCUGGAGACCUACGCCCGGCGCCUGCGGCACACCGUCGCCGCUUCCUUCUUCUCGGCCCAGGAGGCCAGGAGGGCCCGCCACCUUCACGCCCGGCUCCAGCGCAGAUACGACAGGCGCCGAGGCCAGCAGCUGCCCCCACAGACCCCCUCCUGCUCCUGACACCCGGGCCUGCCAGCACCCGCCCCGGCCUGCAUGCUAGAAGAGAACAGAGAGCAGUAAGGCAGAGGGGAAGCAGCGCGGGAGCCGCACAGACCUUGGUCCUUGCUGUGUGUGACCUUGGGUAGAUUGCUUCGCCUCUCUGAGCCUCAGUUUCUAUGCCUGCCUAAUGACUGCAUAAUAACAACCCAUGUGACCUACUUU